AGCUGCAGAAUCUGUGCCCGGGGGAGGGGAACUUUUGUCCGGAUACGUGGUACAACUAGAGGCGGUCCUAAAGACCCAGGAACACCUCCGGCCUGAGUUCACCCCAGCAAGCCCCCUUCACCCUUCACAAAACUUUCCAAAAAUGUCUACUUCUGCUUCUUCACAACUUUUCGGAGUGCUUCUAAUCGCGUUUUUCGCCUCAGUCGUGGACUCUCAGUAUGAGAAAUACAGCUUCAGGAGCUUCCCCAGGAACGAGCUGAUGCCUCUGGAGUCCGCGUACAAAUACGCGCUGGACCAGUACACCGGGGAGAAGUGGAAGGAGACGGUGGAGUAUAUGGAGGUGUCUCUGCGGCUCUACCGGCUGCUUCGGGACAGCGAGGCCUUCUGCAACCUCAACUGCAGCGCCGUGAGGCUGGACAACGAGGAGAAGUUCUCGGAGUUUCCAGAGCUGAGGGCGUUUGGGAACGUGAUGAAGAGGGCGCAGUGCCUGAAGCGCUGCAAACAGGGUCUGCCCGCUUUCAGACAAACCAUGCCGAGCCGAGAAACCAUAGACGAGUUUGAGAAGAGGGAGCCGUACAAAUACCUGCAGUAUGCCUACUUCAAGGUGAGUUCAUGUAAGAGGUGAGGGUAAAGGCCUGCUCCGAAUUUCAAAAACCAGGCAAUAAUGCGUCUAUGAUUUCUGAGAAUUACCAGUCUAUGGUGAUGGUGUACUCCGUUUUGAAUGUGGAUAUCAGUGCACCAAGAGUUUCUAUUUUUACGUCACUUGUGACAGUCCUGAAAUGCGUCCUGGCGUCACCAACGUGCCACGGAUGCACAGGGGGUUCCUUUAACUGUGCCAGAGAGCAGGUCCUGAGCAUUUACGCAUACAUGCUUCCCUUUCAAAGACACGUAAGGGUAAUCAAAAUGGCCAGUCUCAGCUCUUUAAAGGUUUCAAACAGCAACCAGUUUGCAUGUAAACAGAAAGUUAAUUCAAAGGAUUCAAUUAUGACCUGUAAGAACUCUGGAGUGGCUUUGAUUCAUUCAUUUGCAUGUGCAUUAUUAUAAAGAGUUGUAAUAAGUUUAAGAAUACUUUAAGAUUUUAAGAAUAAAGUCAUAAAGAUUAGGGGAAUAAAGAUGUAAUGUGACAUGAAUUAAGUAUUUUUAAAAGGAUUAAUUUCUAACAUCACAAAAAGAUGUUAUUGUUUUUGUUUUUCUAUAUUGUUAAAGUGACCAGAGGGAGUUUUUUCAUGUUCUUGAAACAGGCUGUAAUCCACAUUAAUGUUGUUUUAUGAUACACAAAAGCAAACAGUUGCAUGAGCAGAAAAUCACUUUACUUUAUGUGCUUGUGUUAUUUUUCUCCCAGUCUGAUAACCUAGCUAAGGCAGUGUCUGCAGCUCACACCUUCCUGCUCCGACACCCAGAUGACGAGAUGAUGCAGAAAAACAUGGCGUACUACAAGAGCCUGCCUGGAGCUGAAGACCACCUCAAAGACCUCGAAACUAAGUCCUAUGAGGUAACCACGUUCUCAAAAUCUCAUCCUUUUUGUUUAGCCUCCUACAGACACAAAGAAAAGUUACUACUAAGCGUAGAAAGUGUAGUUGUACAGAUGAGUCCCACCCAUGUCCGCGGCUUUGUGCACACACACACAGAUGGGGCUAUUAUUGGAUCUGUGGGUCUGCUGAUGUGGUAGCAGCCUGUGGUCAACCAGCCAAGCAAAGUAACAUCAUGGGAAGAGUCUUAUGCAGUCUCAAGUGGUUCCCCAAAUAGACCCUGGUGACCUAUUGUGGAUUAUGAUGGAGUCUAAUUGGAUCCAUUCAACAAACAGGACUCAAAGCUGCAACUCUUAAACCACUUUAAGUUUUUUGACCUGCCCAAAAUGAAAUCUUCCUCACAUUAGAUAUUGGCUUAAAUAAGAAUCACUGUGUAAUACUUGUGCAUUUCUGUCAAACUGAAAGUGAACAUAACAUGACUGACCUUUUCCUCUCCUUUUUUCUGUGUUAUUACAGACCUUGUUUGUGCGUUCAGUGAGGGCGUAUAAUGGAGAAAACUUCCGUACUUCUGUGUCAGACAUGGAGCUGGCUCUUCGGGACUUUUUCAAGGUCUACGAUGAAUGUCUGGCUGCGUCUGAGGGUCCCAGAGACAUCAGAGACUUCAAAGACUUUUACCCCUCCAUCGCAGGUUAGCUAAUACUUCCUCCUGCUGCUUCUGCACCUGUGAAGUUAAUCCUCUCUCUCACAUGUAUUUCUCACUGUCCCUUUGUUUUCAUCCCUCCACAGAUCACUACAUAGAGGUUCUGGAAAGGAAAGUGAGGUGUGAAAGUGACUUGACGCCCGUUGUAGGGGGUUUUGUUGUCGAGAAGUUUGUAGCCACUAUGUACCACUACCUGCAGUUUGCCUACUACAAAUGUAAGCAGCACUUUGUCCCGCAAAAUCGUUUUCUGCAAGCUAUGUUUGAUCAUUUUAGACCAUUUUUGAAAUGGAGCCACAAACCUGAAAAGUGUAAUCUUCUGCAGGUUCAAACUUGUGGGGGAAAAUCUCUGAUUUGCUGUAACGUUUGUGUUUUCAGUGAAUGACCUGAAGAAUGCAGUACCAUGUGCAGCAAGCUACAUGCUCUUUGACCCCAGUGAUGAGGUUAUGAAGAAUAACGUGGCUUAUUACCAGUUCCACAAAAAACAGUGGGGGCUUGAAGAGGAGGACUUCCUACCGAGACCUGUAAGACAUGUUUAUGAUCCUAAACGUUACGCGCACACUUAAGAACAAACAGUUUCUGUCUGAGGUUUGGAGUCAGAUUGAAACAGCCUCAUUGUCAAAAAAGUCACAGAAAUGUUCAAUUAAGCUUUUAAACUUCAACACCAAGAGCACAUUUGCUGAAGUUUGUAGAUAUUUUCCCUGUUAGAGCUGCCACAUUCACAUAUUCAACACAUGCACAAUUGUUUUCUUGCUGAGAGUUAAAUAGAAGAUCACAACCACUCUAAUAUCCGUGAGGUUAAUUUGGAGAAGUCAGUUGGCUUAGCUUGCCAAAAGUCUUUGGAAUAAAAGACUGGAGGAGUGUUGAAACUUUCUAAUAAGAAAAUAGCAAAUCAAAUAAAAGCACUGCCCAAGCACCCCAUAAAACCACAACUGGUAGUUCAACUGGUCUUUUCAGUUUUGAGAAAAACAAAAUAAUAAUAAUUUAUCAGAUUUUAUAUAGCUUAUAGUUACCCUCAAAGCGCUUUACAUUGGAUACAUCAUUCAUUCACUCACACAGUCACACCCGGUGGUGGUAAACUGCUUUAGUAGUCACAGCUGCUCUGGGGCAGACUGACGGAAACAUGGCUGCCAAUCUGCACCAACAGCUCUGACCACCACCAAACAUCAUUCACAAUCACACACCAGUAGAGGACACACACCGGGAGCAAGGUGGAUAAAGUGUCUUGCCCAAGGACACAACGGACAGACUAAGGAUGGGGAAUCAAACCCCAACCUUCCAGUUGCGGGAUGACCGUUUUACUUUUGAGCUACUGCUGACCCCAAAAAAGACAUAACUGGUCAUGAGAGAAGCCAGGAGGUUUAAUAUAACUACCUUUGGACAUAGAGGCCCCAAAAAGGGUCGUUUUAAGCUAAAUGCUUUUGGACACUGUGACUAAUCACAGCUAGCGUAACACGAGGCAAUCAAGUUUCAUAAUCCAUUACUUAUUUCUAUUUUUAAUCAAAUUUUAAAAGUUAGGACAUCUUGCACAACCUAGGUCUCAUCAUGGACUUCACCCUCUCCUUCCACUCCCACAUCAACUCCAUCACUCUAGACUCCAUUGCUUAAACCUUCAUUCAUGCUUUCAUCACCUCCUGCCUUGAUUACUGCAAUGGAGUUCUGUCUGAGGUACCCAGCAAGUCCCUGAACGGGCUCCAGUAUGUCCAGAACUUAGCUGCCAGGGUUUUCACCCUUAUCAAGCCCUGGCAGCACAUCACCUCAACCCUCAUCCACCUUCACUGGCUCCCAAUAAAACCCCAACAAAAUGCUACUCCUCACCUAUAAAGGCUUCCACGACCUCACCCCUCAGUAUCUACCUGACCUCCUUCACCCAUUCACCCCUUCCUGGAACCUCUGGUCUUCAGACACCGGCCUUCUCUUCAUCCCAAAAUCCAGACUCCGUACAUUUGGAGGCCAGGAUUACAGGGCCACAGCCCCCACUCACUGGAACAACCUCACCUCAGACAUCUAAAAUGUCCCAUCUCUUACUACUUUCAAAAUACUCCACCUGUUCAUCACAGCCUACAACUUCGAAUUACUCUGCUCCCCAAUCCCACCCCCAAAUCUUUUUCAACCAUCAAAGUCUGUUAACCUUUAUUUUAUUUUUAUUUAAGUUAUAUACAGUUUAAUGUAACCUUUCUAUCUUUUGUUUACUAUUGUUACAAUUUAUAAAGUGACCCUGGGGUCUUUGAAAGGCGCUUUAUUAUCAUCAUUAAAAAUUUAAACCAGAUGAUAUAAAACAAACUAGAACUGUGACCAACUUAAUAAUGCAGAUAACUUAAUUUAAGGUUCAUUUGUAUAAAGAUAACAAAUAUACAUAUACUGAUACAUGAUGAAGAUCCUAUGUCUAAAUCAGGAAAUUACUUAUUAUAGCAUGUUUACAUUUUUUUAUUUGUCACAAUGUACCAAUCUAAAUGCAGAAUUCAAUCAUAAAAACAUUUAAGUUUGAGAGUAAAUUAAGCCAAUCUUGCUUUAUUAUAUGAAUUUUAUGAACAAUAGGUGCAAAUGUCUCUUAAAGAUUUAUUUUCAUUUGUUUUUCAAGUUUAUUAAAUGUUAUAGAGUUUUGCUGCAAACACAAAUUGCACUAACAAUCAGCCAUAUAUCAAUAUUCAUUGCUUAGUGCCACAAAUGGUUCACUGAAAAAAUAUAUCUGAGAGUACAGAUGGUUCUUGUUCAACAUACUACUUUGCCAGUCUUUUACUAUUUAGGGUCAGAUUCGCUAAUUUGUGUUUCUUGAAACUUAAAUGCAAGUUAAAGAAAUAAGAAGGGGGAAUUUCUCAGGGGUUAGGCGCUUGCAUUUUGGCACAGUGUUCAGACUGUAACUGGACAAAAAUCAGGCAGGCUCUUUUCCCCAGUCUGAGAAUUUGAGUUAAGCUGGGCUACUUUGCUGCAUAUGGUAACUUUGAAUGGAAAUCAACGCAGAUAUGAGAGAGAUACAAAUAUAAGAAUUGAUCAAACUAAUCAUUUCAUGUCAUUGGACUUACCUGACUUCUGUUUGUCUGUGCUGCAGGAGGCGGUGAGGUACUACAAUCAGACUACAAUGCAGCUACAGAUGUUAGAGUUCUCUAAACAGCGCCUGCUGAGUGAUGAUGAGGUGAGUGUGUCUGUAUAGCUAUGUUGAUGUGUCUGACCCGGCCACACAGCCUACCUCUGAAAGUACAACCCACAUGCUACCCUUAAAAUCAGUUAUCAGGGUGUGUUUGUCUCUCAAAGCUACCCUCUUUGUGUAAUUUAUGGAAAAACCCUGGAUUCUUCAGCGCAGUCACAUGAUACCCUGCAGUACAAUGUGAGGCUUGUGUGUAUGUGUGUAAGGCUGCAAUAACACAAAUGUCCAUAAGGUGGCAGCAUAACAUCAGCAUUUCUUGACGUUAUUAUGAUGCGGCGCAAAUACCAUGUCCAUCAGGGCUACCCCACAUAAACCAGGAUUACAUGUUGUUUGAGGUAAAUACUGUUCAUUUCAGCUCUGUAAUCUCUUUAGUUAUGCUAGGUAUGAGAAAAAUCACGGAUUGAACUGUGAGUGGGAGGAUUUAUGCUAAUUCACUGUGGGAAAAUCUCACUAAGAAACAAAAACAGACCCUCCCUGUUUUUAUUUCUCUGCAGGGGGAGGUGGUGGAGUUUAUAGAUGAGUUCCUGGAUGAUGACGACGACAACCCAAUGUUGGAAGGCCCUCCAAAAUGAUGAGAAACCACACCAGCACUCCCCAGUUUGUAUUUAUUGGGUUUUUGUACAUGGCUUAGAUUGAUCACUGUUUUUUUUUACCUGUUAGGGCCACAUCCUGACUUUUUAAAAAAAAUCCAUGCACUCAUUAUCCAGUCAAGUGGUACCCACUUACAACAUGGUAGCUUAAUGUCUCCACUGUGAAUCUUGUAUGUUUGUCAUUCCCGCAGUGAAACAAUAAAACUUCUGGUUAAAUAUCA